AUGAACGCACAAAAGAAAAAAGAAGCAGCGCAAAAGCCAGUUGUAAAAUUUGGAAGAACAAACACGCAUAACCUUACCAUGGGAAUUGUAGGGCUUCCAAAUGUAGGAAAGUCUUCUCUCUUUAAUUCCAUGACAGGCCUCCAGGUGCCAGCAUCCAACUACGCCUUCUGCACAAUUGACCCAUCCGAGGCAAAGGUGUGCAUAAAGGAUAAGAGGUUUGAUGACCUAUGCAAAAUAUUCAAGCCAAAGAAAACAACCCCUGCCUACCUCACAGUGUUUGACAUUGCUGGGCUAGUAAAGGGCGCCUCAGAAGGGCUUGGUAUGGGAAAUAGUUUCCUAGAGAACAUUAGACAGGUGGAUGGAAUCUUUCACGUUGUAAGGUGCUUUAAUGACGAUUCCAUUGCGCACGUAGAUGACGUAGUUGAUCCUGUCAGAGACUGCAUGGUGAUUAGAGAGGAGCUCCGCCUGAAGGACUUAACAGACGCAAAGAAAAGGCUUGAAAUGGCGAAAAAGGAGCUUAGGUCAAAGCCCUCCGAUAAGUACUUCAAGAUAUACAUGGAGGGUCUGGAGAAGCUGGUUUCUGGUCUGGAGGCAGGAAAGGAUGCCCGGUUCAUUGACUUUACCUCUGACGAGAUAAAGAUGCUCAAGCCGUUGAACCUAAUAACUGCAAAGAAUGUGGUCUAUCUGGCUAACAUAAGCGCAGAUAAGUACAGACAGAAAAAGCCCACUUCUUUGGCAGUGAAGCUGAAGAAGCACCUGAUGGAGACAGACCCGGAUGCACCUUGCAUUCUAGUGUGUGCAAGCAUUCCAAUAGAGGAGUCUACCGAGUACCUGGACAAAGCCAUCACAGCAGGAUAUAAGACCCUUGAUCUUAGCACGUUCUUCACAUGCGGCCCUGAAGAAGUGCGCUGCUGGACCAUUAGAGAAGGCACUCUAGCACCAGAUGCAGGAGCAGUCAUUCAUACAGACUUUAGAACAGGCUUUGUUGCGGUAGAUGUAAUGACGUACAAUGACAUAAUAGAGCACGGAAGUGAGCAGGAGCUUAAGGCCAAGGGCCUGUGCCGAAUGAAGGGAAGAGACUACCCCGUAGUAGAUGGAGACAUUCUCCACUUCCGUGCUGGUAGAGUUAAUAAAAAGUAA